AUGCCGCCUGGACUGAUCAGUUCCGCCGCGCCUGGCAGAAAGGCCGCGCCAAAGGCUGCACCUCGUCGUCGAGCACAACCUCCCGCUGGACCACCGCCGUCUGCACAACCAGCGCCUAUUACUACACCGAGUGUUCCUCCUCAAUCGCCUCCUCCGACUCAGCCUGUCACGAUAUCUGAACCUGCUCAAGAGCAGCAGCCUGCACGUGAAGCAUCAAUUGCUCAACAGCCACAGCCACAUCCUCCACAAUCGAGUGACCCCGCACAAGAGCCGGUUGUAGAACGUGAACAAAAUGCUACAAUCGUGGCCGAUGCUCUCCCGACGCCAGCAUCGACUCAGGCAUCCGAGCAGGCAACGCAAAUACGAAGCGAGUUGGGCCCUAGUAAAGACGUGACAAGUGAUCCACCCGAACAACGAAGUGAGGCGGUGGAAGAAGAGACGAGCGAAGGGCGAUCGCAAGAUCCAGUCACGCAAAUUGUACCCGCUACUCAACAGCAACAACAGCCAUCAAGCAGUACAACCUAUGUGCCGCCCACAAGCCGGACUGCCGCACCGGCGCCCUCUCUGCCAGGACCUCCUCCCAAACGACCAGCUGUCGAUGCGCCAGAGGCCGCAACUCGAAGACCUGCGAAGAAGACGAAGAGGUCGUCCGCAAGAAGCAAUGCCACCGUACAGGCUGUCGUCCAGGGUGAAGAGGACACAACGGCGGGUGCAGCACAGGAAGAUACCACAGCACAAUCGGCGACUCAACCCGCGCCGAAACGCAAGGCAGCCGCACGAAGGAAACCUGCUGUACCAAGGAAGAAGAAGGCUGUGGUCGCAGCGUCAAGUGUAGCGACCGUUACGGCAGGAGAGGAUGUAGAAGAGGGGACGGAGACAGCUGCAGGCGCGAUUAGGACGACCGAGACAGACGCCGUGGGAGGCGCCGAAGUCGACGAUGCACAAGCCGAGGCAGAGGCGCCUGCAGUUUUCAAGCCGAAGAAGCGAAGGAAGCCUGCAAAGAGAAAAGCAAAAUCAGCAGUGACUGUGGCAGCAGAAGAUGAUGGCGAAGGAGCGGCGCAAACCGCAGAGACGCAACCGGAGGUGGAGGACGACGGAAACGAGUCUUCCGACCCAGAGCUGCACGAGAUUGACCCUAACAAGGUCUCGCUGUGGGAUAUCAGUCACGAUGCGCGACACGGCAAGAUGUCCGAGCGCGGCAAGAAAAUGGCCGAGAUCAACUGGGACAAGGUCGCUCAAGAUCGACGCGACGCAGCGAAUGCACUCGUCGCAAAUUUCCAACGCGAGCAGCAACUAGCAGAAGACAGAGCAGCUGGGAUAGAACCCGAUGCUGUUCCCUCGACUGAAGAUCCAGCUGCUACUCGCGCCUCUCAAGCGCCAGGCGAAGACAACUCCACUCCAGCACCACCUCCUCCAGCCAAUGACGACCUUGGCCUAGGCUUCAUGCUCGAUGCCGACGGCAACAUUGUCGCCGACGAAGCAACCCUGACCUUCACCCGCGACGCAGCCGCCCAAGCCGCAGCCGCCGACUCCGCGCCCGUCGAAGAAUUCAACGACCUAACGACCAACAUCAACCGCAUGACAUACAUGAACCAAAAUCGCCGGGAUCCCGCUGAUCGCUUGCCCGCCUGGAAAUGGAAAUCCGAUCCCUGGAGUGAAGACGAGACGGAUAAAUUCUACGAAGCACUGAGGAUGUUUGGAACCGACUUCUUCAUCAUCAGUAAAAUGUUCCCUCCCAAGACGCGAAGGAUGAUUAAAGCCAAAUUCACCCGCGAAGAGAAGCUCGACCCGACGCGGAUCGACGCUGCGUUGACGGGCAAGUGCACGACGCCUAUGAAUUUGGAACACUAUUCGAAAGCCACGGGAAGAGAUGUCAGCGUUUUCACGAAGUAUGACGAUCUUCAGCAUGUGCAGAAGGUCAUUGAUGAAGGGAUGAAAGAUCGGGAGGUGGCGUUGAGUGCGGACGCGAAGAGGGAUGCGAAAGAAAAGGAGAAGGAGGCGAAGGCGAAGGAAAAGGAGAAGGCGAAGGAGGAGAGGAAGGCGGCGAGGAAGGCUAAGUCGAAGAAAGCCAAAGCAGGCAUGGGUGGGUUCGGUGGAGGGAUGGGUGGCGGUGGACCGGAGGAAGAUGUUGCCGUGGAGGCGGAUUGA